UCUAUAGUUAGAUAAAAUGGCGUCUGGACUGAGAUUUUACAAGGAAAUUAGUGAUCUUCAAGAAGAAAUCAAUAAAAGAGAUGAUAUUGCUAAAUUAUUUAAACGUGAACACUUUAUAGCUGCACGUAAAAUUCAGGCAUGGUUUCGUGGUAUUAUAACAAGAAAACAUUUAUCUAUACUUCAUAAAGAAGCAAUAAUUAUUCAAUCUAAUUGGCGUGGUUACUUUAUAAAUGAUACAUUAUUAGAAAUACAUGAAUCUAUGGAUACUUGGUUAAAUGAUACAGAAGCUAUUAUUCUUUUGAGAAAUAUUUGUAAUUUUGCUUUCAAACACUAUAGUUUGCGAAAAAUUAAUGGAAAAAGAUUUAUCUGUGAUUACGUUCCUGGCUCCACAUUAGUAACAUCUUCAGGAGAUGGUUUAUGGGAAACACAUUUGAGAGAUAAUUGUAAUGAAUAUUUGAAUGAGAUAGACCCAUUAGAAUUGUAUAAAUAUUGGCAGCAAUGGUGUCAAGAUGAUCAUCAAAAUCCUAAUUUGGUUACGAUACUUUGCAGAAACGAAGCAGGGAAAUUACGUGAUUGUAGAAGUAUGGAUGAAAUGAUUAAAUUUGAAUUACCUUCGAAAAACUAUCAGGCAAACGUUAAACUUAAAGUAGAAUUUGGAUGUUAAAAUACAAAUUCAAGAAUACUGUUUUCCUAUCGG